UUCCUUUUGGGUUGCAACUACCUGCUCGUACCCUCAGUCCAGGAAUUUUACUCACAAACAGCCGGGGCUUUUGUGAGUGAUUGUUACUGUGACAUUUAUGUGGAAUUCUCAAGCAAAAACACACGAUGAAUCUCUGUGAAAGAAUUGUUAAAAAGGUGCCAUUGGUGGUUGAGCAUCAGAGCUUCUGGAGCACCAUCCUCUUCCAUGCAUUUGGUCAGCACAUUUUAAACAGGAGGAUCAGUGGUGGGGUACUUCUGGGGAGUUUUGAGUGGCUUCCUGAGGCAGAUAACCUCAAAAAUGUUCUCCCAAUGCUACAGAAGCAGGAAGAUCUCACCAAGAAUGGUAUUCUUGGUUGCAGAGAAAAUUUCAAGUGCAUGGAAAUCAUUGAUACUGAAGAGUUUCAACGGGUUGAUGUUGCAUGCCUUAAAUCAUGCAUCCUUGCUUUUGAACUCCUUGGAAAGAGCAGGAAGAAUCCUAAACCUUUCCUCGUUGUCUUCAUUGAUGUUGCUGCAAUGAAAACUUCCUUUUUCACAUACCAACAUGAGCAGCAAUGUCUAAUCCUCAGAUCAGGCUACUACCUCUCCUACAAUUCUCACCAUUUAGAGCUGGGAGUUUACUCAGGAAGCGAGUUAGAUGAUGGAGAUUCUUGGUUUAAGUUUGUCUUCAGCAGAUUCGUCAAUAUGAUGACGAAUCCUAAACCAACGCAAAUAAGAUCCCUCACCUUGGUGGGAAUUGAGCCCUACAGCCGAAAGUAUCAGCAACUGAAGGAAAAAUAUGGAGAGGACCUUGUCAAAGGCUGGCUAGAAGUUACAGAUCCUCAGAAGUAUGUCUUUGAAGACAUAGCAAUUGCUGCAUAUCUUCUUGUCCUUUGGGAAAUGGAAAGAAAGCGCCUGGAAAUCACAACAUUCCAAUCCUUCAUUGAUGUAGGCUGUGGCAAUGGACUUCUGGUUUACAUCCUCACAUCCGAAGGACAUCCAGGAAUGGGUAUUGAUCUCCGGAAGAGAAAUAUUUGGGAAAAAUUUCCCAGCAAUAUUCGUCUCACGGAGAAAACUCUCAAUCCCAAGGAAAGCAACGAACUAGAGCCCACAGAUUGGAUUAUUGGGAAUCAUUCGGAUGAAAUGUCUCCCUGGAUCCCCGUGUUGGCUGCUAAAAAUUCCCCCAACUGCCGAUUCUUCCUCCUUCCCUGCUGCGCCUACGAAUUCAGUGGAAUGAAAUUUCAAAGAAGAGACUGCAAACUUUCCGUCUAUCAGGAUUUUCUCAAGUACACAGAAAGGAUCUCAGAAGUUUGUGGGAUUUCCACACAAAGGGAUCGUCUUAGAAUUCCAAGCACGAAGAGGAUAUGCAUUGUAGGAUACGCUAGAGAUCAUUUUGAUGCCGAAGAUCUAGGAAAAUUCAUUGAAAAUGAAUCCUGUGGGAAAUUCCAAGCAAGGGAAUCGGUGGAAAAGGUUAGAAAUUGCACACAAUUGCCCAAAAAUAUCACAAACCAAAUUGUAGAGAUUGUUUUUCGAGAACUCCUCAAUACUUCAUCAGGUCAAUCAGACCCAGAAAGAGGAUCUGAGUUUUGGAAUGCUGGAGGAGUUAUAGAUCUCCCCGAGCUUGCUGAGAAAAUCCCUCAGGACCUCUUAACAGCCCUCAAAGCUGAAUGUGGGGGUUUGCAGACAUUGCUUAGGAAUAAUCAUCAAAUAUUUGAAGUAGUGCAAGGUCAGGUGAAAAUCCGUGACCCACGAAAGGUCACGGAGGAUAAAAGAAAAUCCAAAAAUAGAAGAAAUAAUCGUCAAGUUAGCAAAAAAUUUAAGGAGAAAGACUGCUGGUUCUUUGUAAAUCAUCCUAAUGGGUGCCCUCUUGCCAACGAGGAUUGUACAUACCGUCAUGAGCAUGAAAAAUAAAAUUAUUUCUCUGAAUGUC